CGUUAGAAAAUCUAAUUGUUUAUAAUAAUGAAACUUACCUUCAAAUUUUCCGUUGAAGACCUAAUCAAAGACGGCCGGACCACGGAAGUGCAUUUACAGCAGAUAAUAAGCUGGUUAUCUACAUUAAAAGAUUCACGCGUUCCUGGCGAGUUGCAAGGGGAACUGCUGGCGUUGUUCCUGUUAUCCUGUGAUAAUGACAUAGAAUUGACGAAAAAGACCAUAAUCUCGCACUACCACAUAAAGAACAGCGCCCCGCAGUUGUUCGACCAGAGGAACUUGGACAGGAAAGACCUCAAACAGGCUUUUCAAACUUUCAAAUUAAUCUACCUGCCAGAGAGGAUAGAGGGUAACAAUGCAGUGAUUUAUAUUAAAUUACGGGACACUAAUUACAGGAAUAUGGAGGUGAUACCGACCAUGAAAGCCGCCCUUAUGCUGCUGGAUAUAGAGCGAGAGGAUUUACCUCCCAGCGGUAUCGUUUAUUUGAUUGACAUGCAAGGAGUCGGAAUAAUGCACAUAUUGAAGAUACGAAUAGAUUCAUUGAUGACAUAUUUUAAAUAUUUAGCUGAUGGGAUGCCUGCCAAAUUCGUAGGAAUCCAUUUUCUAAACGGGGGCUUCGUAACGGAUAAAUUAAUAGGGAUGAUUAAAAGGUUUCUGCUGCCGCACAUAAUGAACAGGUUGCAUUGCCAUCGGCCGGAUUAUCCACGAGACGAACUGUUCAAGAUAAUCCCGAAGAGGAACCUUCCCGAAGAAUUGGACGGCGACUUGGGGCCCGAAGAGGAAUUGUGCAAGGAAACCAUGGCAUUGCUCGAUGAAAGGAAGCAGUAUUUUGAGGACGAGGAAAGGAUGAGGAAAAAUGUCGCGUUACUAUAGUUGAAUGAAUUUCCAAAUUCGAAGUCAUGUAAAGAAAUGUCUUGGUCGCGAUUGAGUUAUAGGCACUCUCAAGCUCUGGAAACUUAUGCUCUUUGGACUGGCGUAUGGUGCCCUCGGGCAAAGGCAUAUCUCUAGCAAGUAUCGAAUAUUCCACAUCCAUGUGCUUAAUAAAAGGACUGUUCAACGCCCUCUUGGCAUUUUCCGGAUCUUCUUCAUCGUACGCUUGCAACAGCGUUUCCAAUGUUUGUAAUUCUGGGGCUUCGCAAUAAUUACCUGUUGCAAAAUAUAUUAUUAAAGUAGGAGUAAAAAAAGCUAGAAUUAAUGUUUACCCCAUUCUUUAAAAGCCUUCUCUGCAGCGACCACAUCUCCUCUUGCUAAUUGAACUAGUACCAGAGCUACUGUUAAACGACCGGUCGCUUGAUAUGAUUCGUUUUGCUGAUGAAGUCCCAGUUCUCGCCUUAUCGUAUCUGCAGCUAGAUCGUAC